AUGCUGGAUAGACACUUCCCUUCCAUAAUACUCAAGUAACCGUUCUCUUACUGCAUUUUGUUAAACCCCAGGGGUUUUAUUGGAAUCAAAUUCAAUUUACAGCAAUCCAAAACUUUCUGAUUUGCCAGGGGUGAAGUAUGUUGGAAAGUCGAGCUUGCAUAAAGGCUCAUAGGGUUUUACGUCAGCACUACUCAGUAACUCAUUGGUUGGGCAAAGCUGUAACUUGUGGUUUUCAUGCUCAAUCUUCCGCGGCUCAUGGAAAUGCCACAGCCUGUUAUCAUUCGAACUGCACAAAUAUCGCAAUGCACCAAAGAAAAUUCAAUUUCAGCACUAUGCUCACCGGAUUUAUGCAAGCGUCAAAAAAUCAAGGUGAAGAUCUGACUGACAUAAAGAGUCUACGUACUAUACCUGUUGAAACUGAGGUUCUGUCCGAUGAAAUUGGAGAACUACAGUUUUCUUAUGACAAUGAUGCCACAAAGACCUUUGCAGGAAAUAAUUCAAGAUUUGGACAAAAGGAACAUCCUAGAAAGAGAGUGGGGUUUGGAGAGGAAACAAACAUACUGAUUGAUAUAGUAUUAAAACUUAAUGAUUCGAAGGAAGCUGUUUAUGGAACUCUAGAUUCAUGGGUUGCACAGGAAGCUACAUUUCCUUCAAAUGUUCUCAAAAGGGCUUUGUAUAUGUUGGAGAAGAAACAGCAGUGGCAUAGAAUCAUUCAGUUAAAUGAAAUUGAACGUACAAUGUCAUCAUCAUGA